GUGGAGGGUGUCGGCGGUACACGGGCCGCGCCGCGCCGAACAGCGCGCGCCGCGCCGCGAGAUAAACAAGCAGUUCACACCCCGCUCACACCGGCGGGUGGCUUGGGAGAACGGUGCUGUGCACCCAUCAGCACUCAUGGCUGAGGAAGAGGAGGUGGAUAACACGGUGACCUCUGAGGUGCACCAUUUCUCCAAGGAAGAGACUCUGAAGGGUGGUCGGGAAGGAGGAAGACACACCAACUUGAACGAGAAAGGAGAAGUAGGGACAUCAUCUGACCUUGGCUGUGAGGGGCAACAGGAGCAGGAAGACGAGGAGUUUGAGUGUUUAUUGGGAGCUAACGGGCAAGUUGUUCUUUGGAGCCCAAGAAGGGAAACGGUGCUCUCAAGAUUUGACUUUGCGUACCCACUUGAUCUCCGAGUCCGAGACAGGUGCCCCAACUCCUACCCUCAGGUGGAUUCAGAUGGAGAUCUUGUGGUAACCAGGAAGAAGGAUCUACACCUUCAGGAGGGUGUAGUUCUUAUAGAGCACCAAAAUGCUACAACACUGGACUUGGUGGGAGAACAGGUGUGGCGAGGAGCUCUUUUCCUUGCUGACUUCAUCCUGCACUAUGGUGACUCCUUCAGAGACAAGCAUGUCUUAGAAGUGGCCUCAGGAGUUGGCCUCACAUCUGUUGUGGCAGCCAUGCUGGCAGCAAAGGUUACUGUCACAGAUGUCGAUAAGGGUGAAAUAUUAGAGCUUAUUCGUCGUAAUUUGAAGAGAAAUGAAGAUGUACUUAAGGCAGAAAUGUGUGUAAAAGAAAUUGAUUUCUACAACCAUGGCACCAUAGAUGAUCUCCAAGCCAAUAACAAAGACGUGUCCGUCAUCUUGGCUGCAGAUGUGGUGUACAACAAUCCCCUGACUGAUGCAUUUUUCAGCACUGUGCUGCGUCUCAUGAGUGACCCACCAGACAAGACCAUGUUUGUUGCUCUUGAGAAAAGGUAUGUUUUCACUAUGGAAGACAUGGACACUGUUGCUCCAUGUUAUGAAUACUUCCUGGACGGUCUGGAGUGGUUACGCUCUCAGAGGACUGAUCACAUUGACUGGACAGUUGAGGAACUGCCUUCAGAUUUUGAGCAGUAUUUUACCUAUGAACGUACACGUCAUUUAGUGCUAUGGAAAAUUAAUGCAAGGCUUAAACAACCUUAAAAACAUAUUUGUAUAACCAUUAUGCCACUUUUCUCUUUGCAUCUCAAGAAAGAAGCAGAAAGUAAUGUUGAGAGAUGAGAAGGAAAUAUAAUUCUUUUACAUGUUUUGCAUUUUGUGAGAGAAGCAAAGUUAGGAACUGCCUUUGUUCCUUUAGGUCACAUUUUAUGAUGCAGAAUACAAAUAUAUAUUCUCAAUUCCUAUGCCUCAGGAUUGAUAGUUAAAAAAAUGCCAGGGAACUGUACAUAUGUUUAUACUGUAUAAUUCAUUAUUUUUCUCUCAUUAGCUCAUACUCCCAGUUUCCUUGAGUCAUUGCUUUAGUUACCUGUUUGGGUUAUAGAGGAGGGUGGUGCUUGGCUGAGGUGAAUUUCCAGAUAGAUGCUUUAUAAACAUAGAUUUAUUAUAAUUUUCUUCAGCAUUUUAAAAGACAAGUUUUAUGCUUAUAUGGGUCUGCCUUAUCAUACUAGUCCUGCAUCCUGCCAGCUCAUUUUUGAUACUGAUCACCAGUGAAGUGUACAGUGAUUGCAAAAAAUUCUGUGGAAGUAUAGACCUCAUACUUCCACAUUUUUACUCUGUGUUGUAAAGGGUAACUAAAAGGGACAGAGUGAAGACACUGGACUCCCUUCUGUGUAUUAUUAUGAGAUAUGACAUUGUUUAGAUGACAGUCUCACUUAUUCCCUAUAAAAAGGAUGUCAGUCAGGUGUAUAAAUAGAUAUGUAUGGAUCUGUAUGUGAUAUGUAUGUAUUUUGAUACUAUACAGUUGUGGUUGAUGUAUUUAACUAGUCCCAACAACUUAACUAUAUUUUCUGGAAAUUAAUAUUUCUACAUAGUUUGCUUAUGAGGAAUUAACUUCUUUCACUUGGCCAGCAUCACCUGUUAGAUAAUUGUGACAGCAGCCAUGUGUGGAUGACAAAUUGCUGGCAAGGGUCAGCUUCACAUGCCUUGGUGAAUGUACUGUAGUGUAUCUAGUCUAGGUGUGGUGGUAAGUUUCCUUAUUCAUAAAGGAAGCAUGCCCUUUAAUAUCACGGAGAUUGUGUUCCUAAUAAGAAAUGCUAUCCAAUUUGUGAUUCAAGUAACAAGAUACUAGUCAGGAAAGUGAUUUUGAUCUAAAAAUAGGUUUGCUGUCUGUAAGUGCAAGUGUAGCAGUUGAGAUGUAAUCCUUCAUGAGAUGCCUCCUGACCACAAACACCUGUAGCAAAAUAUGGAGCAAAUUAAAUCCACAACAAAACUGGGAAAGUAGUAAUGUUGUGCACCUUGUAACAAAAAAUAUGACAUUCAAGCCUUUGUCAGCCAUUAGCUGGUAGAAAGAAAGGGUAGUGCUCUUUUGUAACUUUGGUGGAGGGGCUUCAUCCAUGUAUCUUUUUUACCCCAGUGAUGUUAGAUUUCACAGUAUGAAGGAAUGUAUCAGACUGCAUUAAUAAAUUUUAACAUGCUUCUUUUUUAA